AUGUGUGGUGUUUCGGCCAUUAUGUUGGGCGAUCCCAAAGCCGACACAGCCGCCGUCGAGCUUCACGAGAGUCUCUUCUACCUCCAGCAUCGUGGCCAAGAUGCCGCCGGUAUCGCAGUUUGCCAGAGCGGAAGGGUGUAUCAAUGCAAGGGCAUUGGCAUGGCCAGCAAAGUGUUCGAUGAGGGCAAACGCGUGACGACAAUGACGCUUCCUGGCUUUAUGGGAGCCGAAGCACAGCCAUUCUUCGUUAACUCGCCUUACGGCUUGUCGAUGGGCGUGAACGGAAAUUUGACAAACACAAAGGAUCUGGUCCGAUUCUUGGACGUCGAGGCUCGACGCCACGUAAACACUGACUCGGACUCGGAACUCUUGCUCAAUAUUUUUGCUUAUGCUCUUGGCGAACUUGGCAAGGUCCGAGCUAAUGUAGACGAUGUCUUUACCGCCCUGCGCGAAGUCUAUGCAAGAUGCUAUGGUGCCUUUGCUUGUACGGCCAUGCUUGCCGGUUUUGGAAUCUUGGGCUUUCGCGAUCAGAAUGGCAUCCGUCCCCUUUGUCUCGGCUCUCGACCAUCCGAGACUCUGGAAGGCGUCAAGGACUAUUUCUUCGCCUCAGAAUCGAUUGCUCUAACACAGCUUGGAUUUACCGAUAUCGUGGAUAUCUUGCCCGGUCAGGCCGUCUUUAUAAAGAAAGGAGAGGCUCCCCGUUUCUCACAAGUCGUGGAGGCGAAAUCCUAUACUCCCGAUCUAUUUGAGUUUUUGUAUCUGGCGAGGCCUGACGUGGAGAUGGACGGGAUCUCUGUCCAUCGCAGCCGACAGAAUAUGGGACUGAAGUUGGCGAACAGGAUGCGACAGGUUCUGGGAGAAGAUGGGAUCCGGGACAUCGAUGUCGUUAUUCCUAUACCAGAGACGAGCAACACAGCCGCUGCUACGCUGGCGCUAGAGCUGUCAAAACCUCUUUCGAAUGCGUUUGUAAAGAACAGAUAUAUUUACCGCACAUUCAUUGUUCCUGGGCAAAAGGCACGACAGAAAAGCGUGCGGCGGAAACUCUCACCCAUUGCAUCCGAGUUCAAAGACAAGGUUGUUUGUCUUGUGGACGAUAGCAUUGUACGGGGAACGACUUCCCGUGAAAUCGUUCAAAUGGUGAAGGAAUGCAAGGCGAAGCGGAUCAUUCUUGUAUCUUGCAGCCCGGAAAUCACCCAUCCCCAUGUUUACGGCAUCGACCUUGCCGAUCCAACUCAACUCCUCGCUCACGGCAGGACACUGAAGGAAAUGACCGACCUGAUCCAGUGUGAUGACCUAGUUUUCCAGACGCUAGAGGACCUCAAGGCAGCUUGCACCGAAGCGGCCGACGGAAACAGCCAAGUGACGGAUUUUGAGGUUGGGGUUUUCUGCGGCCAGUACAGGACCCCUGUGCCCGAUGAUUAUUUCGACCAUCUGGUCAAGCUGCACGGAAGCGAAAGCAAGAAGCGGAAGAGCAUUGCCAUCUCUGGUGAAGAGGCAGGCCCUACCUUGUUUGCAAGCAGUGGCCCGGUGAAUGGAACGCUGCCACCACCAGAGGCAUCGUUUCCCGAUCGGCCUAAGGGUGUGGAACAUCAAGAGGACAUAAGGUAA